CGCGACACCACAACUACUUUGUAUACAACUAUAACGAUACGGCAUAAAUAUACCUUGUAGGUCGUAAUUUGAUAGGCCUAUAGCACACAAAAUAUUACACCUAAGAGAUGGUGUCAAGCUCUAUGGAUACCGCGUCUACGACUUCAACUGGGACAACCAAAGCAAUCCAGCGGUAGGGAUGACAGGAACAACAAGCCUAACGAAGUUGAUCUCGAUAAUGCCAGCACUGCCCUUAUGGUCAAUGAUGACAAUGGCGACAUGAAGGUUCACAGAAUCAUCGACACGUCAAAGACAAUAAAAAUGGCAGUGACACGAUAGGCCAUAAGGACGAGAUGACCAGCAGCGACUGAGGUUCGAUCGGAACUGAUGAUUAUGACGUCGACCGGAGGGCAAAAGGCACGAGAAGAAUAAUGGUCACGGAACAACAAGACAAGCGAUAGAACAGGCGGCGACCAGGAUUCUAUCGCAAACGAUGCAAAUAAGGUCGUGGGGUCGGAGAAUAGUGGUGCAAGUGAUGGAGACAGUGGCGGCGGCAGAGUCAAGGAACCAACACAUAAUGCAAGCAGCGGACGAUAUAACAACCAAAGACAACGACGAUAACAUGCAGCAUGGUGAGAAGCGAUAAAACGGGAGGCCGCACCAGUUCGAACAACCAUCAAGUAUUUCGAUACCACCGUGUCGUCUUCCAUCGCCAUCGUCAUGCUCACAAAUUCCGGCCGCAAAACCCGCCCUCCUGCCGCAUCUUCAACAGCCAGAGCUUCAUCAGCACCCUCUCCGCCGCCCGACUACCGUCCUCGCGGUAGCCAGUGGCUUCGAGGGCCUGUCGCCUCGGCUCCUCCCUCCCAAAGGCCCUCCGAGCCGCCUGGUAGUCCUUGUCAUACCGCAUACCAGGCCGGGGAUCCUGGCCCGGAUGCCUCGCUCUCCACCUGGCUAGAGCCAGGCCCUCCUCCGCCAGUUUUCUGCUCUGGACAAUGGGAUCGAUGCCGCCGUUCUCGGUAACUAUAUAGUCGAUGGCCUUCUCAAGAUAAUACGGGCUCCAGUUCAAGGCUUCGUCACGGCCGAUCAACCUGGACACGAGAUCAUCUGCCUCUUUAUCCGCGUCACGCUGCUCCACGUCCAUGGUCGUGUCAGCAUCUCCACUUUCGCCAUCACCUUCGCCUUCGUCACCGUCUCCUUGGAAGAGCAAAUCCUUGAUGUAGUGGUUGAUCGUACGCUCCAGAUUCAAGACAUGCUGAGCCUCAGUGAUUCGUUCGCUUGCCUUGUCUCCGACCGGGCGAGGGACUUUGAGCUUCACAACCCAUGCCAUUUCACGAGCUUGCAGCCCGUGUAGGGCUAGCCAGAGGAUCAAGUCGCAGACUUCGUCGGUGAACACCUCUUUGACGUUGUCUGGGAAGGUGUUUAUUCUGCUCACUAUCGCGAUGAGGCGGGAGCGCUGCUCGCGGAUCUCGUCUGAAUUGUCCGACAUCUUGUUGUUUUCAUCGGGUGUGAAUGGAUCUGAACAGUGACGGCAAGGGUCGUGAAGCGAGCUUCUUGACGUGUUCGUUGUAUUCGAAGUCACUUUGUCUUCGAGAUCGGCGGUGUUGCACUUCGGUCAAGGUUGACGAGUGGUUGUUAAUCGUGACUGCGCAGGGCAGACAAGUAACGUUUGUUGAACUUGUGUGAGACCGUGGAAGGGCGAGGUGACCAGAAGAAGAGUGUUGCUUCUGUUCAAAAAGCGAGGUGAACAGAAGGGUGUCUUGCCGCUGUUGCGUUGAGGAUACCGCGAUGAUAAGGAGACGACAGUCAACCUUACGGAGACUGUGCGACAACGAGGUGAUCAGAGGAGAUAUGUUGCUUCUUUCGAUCUGUGAGGUAGAAGGUAUCAGGUAAGGUCAGCUCCAGUCGUCGACGAGUGUGGACCAGCGAGGUCUUCAGCAAGUGUACCUUGCCGCGCUUUGCUCUGAGGAGAAUUGAGUCGCCGAGAGAGUCGAAGAACGAUCAGAUAGCUCUACCGGGUUGAAAAGAGCAAGUUGCUGUUGUCUAAUUCACGAAACCGCAAGACGACCUCAGGAGAUGAAGCGCAGUUCCUACUCUGUGGGAUUGGAAAGAUGAGUGGAAGAGGUAAGGUCGCAGUUGUCGGUCGCAGAACCAAGUGACAUGAGGUGAGGCAAGGUGAGGUGAGGCUGUGUUCAAGUUCACGGUUAGCCUGCGAAGUGCGAAAGGGGCAUUGGUUACGCCGGAACAAGAUCAGGACUGGUCUGUUGUCUGGACGCGCUUUGGAGUGACGAGUCCCGAAUUGGAAGUCGGAAGAACAGCCGUUAUGUCUGUCGACAUAGGAGCUGUAUCUGCUACGCUCCUUGGGAUACUGCAAGAGGUGUACGUCUCACGGAUACGGAUGGAGUCCGCACGAAUAUGUCAAGACCUCACUCAUCCUGCUGCUCCGAAACUCCUUGGGCGCAGCAGUAUUUACUCAGAGGAACUCCGACCUUACGACUCGUUACUUACUACAGGGUUUCCGGCCGAGUACCAACAUAUAAGGGGCAAACAAUUGGUAAUGACAGGGGGCGGGGUCGGUCCAAUGUUCUUUCAUGGUAAGUAUAGAAAAGAGAAGAGGGACACCGAGUCAAAUAUAUAGGACUAUUGCUGCAGUUACUGCUGCUAUGCUAUGCUAUGGCAUUCUUCACAUCAUGUGUUGAAACCACUGCAUUCGCUCGCUACACUGCACUGCACUGCACUGCCUGCCUGCCUGGCAGUAAAUUCAUUGACUGCCAGUGUUCCUCAUUGCGCUGCCUGGCAGUCAAUGAAAUGAGCGGACUGUUCUGCCCCUGGAGACGAUAUCAUACACCCUUUGCAAGGACUCGAAGUGUAUUCCCAGUUUUCUACCACUGCCACUUCCGUCUACCGGCACUACGUGCGUCUUUGCAAUCCGACCAUUGAAAUGAUCGUUCAAAUCACUACUUUCCAUCUGCGUAGCAUGACAUGCGUUAAACGAUCAGAAUUCUGAACAGCAAG